CGCUCCCCCUCGACAGACAGAACUUCCCUCCCUGGCGACCCCCUCUCGCCCCCUGCCCGUCAUGUCCAUUGAUUUUCCCCACGAGGAGGAGGUCAUCCUCCAGCGGUGGAGGGAGAUCGACGCCUUCCGGAGGCAGGUCGAGCUCUCCGAAGGCCGCAAACCUUACACCUUCUACGAUGGCCCUCCCUUCGCGACCGGUCUGCCUCACUACGGUCACCUGCUGGCCUCCACUAUCAAGGAUAUCAUUCCCCGCUACUGGUCCAUGAAGGGCCACUAUGUCGAGCGUCGCUUUGGCUGGGAUACCCACGGUGUCCCCAUCGAGUACGAGAUCGACAAGAAGCUGGGCAUGUCGGGCCUGGAGGCUGUCCAGAAGAUCGGAAUUGAGAAGUACAACGAGGAGUGCAGGGCCAUUGUCAUGAGAUUCGCGUCCGAGUGGCGCCAGACUAUCGAGAGACUUGGUCGUUGGAUUGACUUCGACAAUGACUACAAGACCAUGAACAUGGGCUUCAUGGAAUCGGUGUGGUGGGUUUUCAAGCAGCUCUUCGACAAGGACCUGGUCUACAGAGGUUACCGUGUGAUGCCGUACUCGACCGCCCUCAACACCCCUCUCAGUAACUUCGAGGCUCAGCAGAACUACAAGGACGUCCAGGACCCCGCAGUCGUCGUCACAUUCCCCCUGCUGGACGACCCGGAGACCAGCCUGCUUGCGUGGACGACCACUCCCUGGACCCUGCCUUCGAACGUCGCGCUCGCGGUCAACCCCACCUUCGAAUACAUCAAGAUCCUCGACGAGGCCUCGGGCAAGCACUACGUUCUCCUCGAGUCUCUGCUCCGGACACUGUACAAGGACCCCAAGAAGGCCAAGUUCAAGAUUGUUGACCGGUUCAAGGGUGCUACCAUGAAAGAUUGGAAGUACCAGCCUCUCUUCGACUACUUCUACGAGGAGUUCAAGGAUUACGGCUUCCGGGUGCUGAACGCCGACUAUGUCACCGCUGAAGAUGGUACCGGUAUUGUCCACCAGUCUCCCGCCUUCGGUGAGGAGGAUUACAGAGUUGCCAUGGAGGGAGGCGUCAUCAGCGAGACUCGCUACCCCCCCAACCCGGUCGAUGACCAUGGAUGCUACACUGCUGAGGUGAAGGAUUUCGAGGGUCAGCACGUCAAGGCCGCCGACAGGGCCAUCAUCAAGCACCUGAAGGCCGCUGGUCGCCUGAUCGUCGACAGCCAGAUUACUCACAGUUACCCCUUCUGCUGGCGUUCCGACACCCCCCUGAUCUACCGGGCUGUGCCGGCGUGGUUCGUCAAGAUCGGGCCCAUCAUCCCUCAGAUGCUCGAGGGCAUUGAUGACUCCCACUGGGUGCCUAGCUUCGUCAAGGAAAGACGAUUCUCCAGCUGGAUCCAGAACGCCCGCGACUGGAACAUCUCGAGAAACCGCUUCUGGGGUACCCCGCUUCCCCUGUGGGUCAGCGAUGACUUCAAGGAGGUUGUGGCUGUUGGCAGUGCCGAGGAGCUCAAGCAGCUCAGCGGUUACGAGGGAGAGCUCUUGGACCUCCACCGCGACAAGGUUGAUCACAUCACUAUCCCCAGCAAGCAGGGCAAGGGUGUCCUCCGCCGUGUCAGCGAGGUGUUCGAUUGCUGGUUCGAGUCGGGCAGCAUGCCCUACGCUUCUCAGCACUACCCCUUCGAGAACAAGGAUCAGUUCGAGAACAGCUUCCCCGGUGACUUCAUUGCCGAGGGUCUGGACCAGACGCGUGGUUGGUUCUACACUCUGACCGUGCUGGGCACUCACCUCUUCGGCAAGCUUCCCUUCAAGAACUGUGUCGUCAACGGAAUUGUCCUGGCGGAAGAUGGUAAGAAGAUGUCCAAGAGACUGAAGAACUACCCCGACCCGUCUCUGGUCAUGGACCGGUAUGGUUCGGAUGCCCUCCGUCUCUACUUGAUCAACUCCCCGGUUGUGCGUGCGGAGCCGCUCCGCUUCAAGGAGUCGGGUGUCAAGGAGAUCAUCGCCAAGGUCCUCCUGCCCCUCUGGAACAGCUACAAGUUCUUUGAGGGCCAGGCGGCCCUGUUCAAGAAGACCCAGGGCUACGAGUUCGCCUGGGACCCGAAGGCGGAGGCCACCAACACGAACGUUAUGGACCGCUGGAUCUUGGCCAGUUGCCAGAGUCUGCUCAAGUUCGUGAACGAGGAGAUGGCCGGAUACCGUCUGUACACGGUUGUUCCCCGUCUGCUUGAGUUGAUUGACAACACCACCAACUGGUACAUUCGAUUCAACCGCAGACGUCUGAAGGGUGAGAACGGUGUGGAUGACACCCUGCACGCCCUGAACACCCUCUUCGAGGUUAUCUACACUCUGGUCAGAGGUCUGGCUCCGUUCACACCGUUCAUCACCGACACCAUCUACCUGAGACUCCUUCCCCACAUCCCCGAGGCGCUCCGCAGCGAGGACAGCCGGAGUGUUCACUUCCUGUCCUUCCCUGAGGUCCGGGAGGAGCUCUUUGACGAGGUCGUCGAGCGCCGGGUGACGCGCAUGCAGAAGGUCAUUGACAUGGCCCGUAUCUCCCGUGAGCGCCGGAACAUCGGACUGAAGACCCCCUUGAAGACUCUCGUCGUGAUCCACCAGGAUCAGCAGUACCUGGACGAUGUCAAGUCUCUGCAGAGCUACAUCCUGGAGGAGCUGAACAUUCUGGAGCUUGUCCUGUCCUCCGACGAGGUCAAGUACAAUGUCCAGUACAGCGUGAACGCCGACUGGCCCACGCUCGGCAAGAAGCUGAAGAAGGAAGUGCAGAAGGUCAAGAAGGCCCUGCCCUCCCUGACCAGCGAUGACGUCAAGCGGUUCGUCGCUGACAAGAAGAUGCUCGUGGACGGCAUUGAGCUUGUGGAGGGCGAUCUGGUCGUCAAGCGUGGCCUCAAGGAGGACCCGGCGUCCGAGAACAUGGAGCCCAACACGGACAGCGACCUGCUGACCAUCCUGGACGCCAACCUGUACCCCGAGUUGGCCGAGCAAGGGUUGGGCCGCGAGAUCAUCAACCGUCUGCAGCGCCUGCGCAAGAAGGCGGGCCUGAUCCCCACGGACGACGUGAAGAUGGAGUACGUCGUGCUCUCCGACCCCGACAACAUCGGUCUGGGCCAGGCGUUCGAGACGCAGUCCAAGGCCAUCGAGAAGGUUGUGCGCAGACCGCUCGAGCAGUACGUGCUGGUGGACGGCAAGCUCCCGGCGGGCGACGAGGCGGAGAUGAUCAUCCAGGAGGAGCAAGAAGUACAAAAGGCGACCUUCCUGCUGCGGUUGCUCAAGCUGUAGACGGCGAUUCGGCCGGAAGCCAAAAGAACGCGAAUGAUAGUCGUUUAGAUCAUACAAUUCCCAAGACGUGCAUUUCUCUAUUUUUUU